CUCUGUCUUGGGGAAUAGCCCUUUUAUUACACAAUCCUUCUGUAAUGGAAAAAGUGCAGAUAGAAUUGGAUAAUAAAUUUGGUAAUGAACAAGAAAUGAUUUCUUGGUCAGAUCGUUCUACUUUGCCUUAUACUUGUGCUGUUGUAAAUGAAAUUCUUCGAGUUGGCAAUGUUGUCGCACAAGAUUUUCCCCAUAGAAUGAUGAAAGACACAAAAGUUGAUAAAUGGUUGUUACGAAAAGGACAACCAAUUGUGGCACAAAUUUCAGUUGUUUUAGUUGACCCAAAUAUUUUUUCUGAUCCGAAAAGUUUUCGACCAGAACGAUUUUUGGACGAAAAUGGAAAUUUACUCAAGUCUGACCAUUUAAUUCCUUUUGGAUUGGGGAAGCGCCAAUGCCUUGGAGAGUCUUUGGCUAGAAUGGAAUUGUUUCUAUUUUUUGCUAAUAUAUUUAAUCGUUAUAUGAUAUCGCCAGGCGAUUCUUUGCCUUCAUUGAAACGAGAAAUUGGAAUUCCAGUUCUUUGUCCAAAAUUUACCUGUCGAGUAAUUAAAAGGAGGAAAAUAACUCAAUUAUAA